AUGGCGACCCAGACAAUGGACGGCAUGGAGCCGCGUUUCUCGCUGCCGGACAGCACCCCGAAGUCCAGCAAAACAGUGCUAGCCAUUGGAGGCCUAAAAAUCUACGUCUAUGGCUUAGAAGAGGCUAUUGCAGGCCAGACACCGGACAGUCAUGGAGAUCUGGCCGUCUUCUACUUGGCACACAACCGAACCCGCACAUACCUCGUCACCGAAGGCAUCGCACACGAAGUGUUAUAUCGAUAUCGCGAAGAUAGCACGAGAGCGAGGUCGACCCCGCUGAUUGCGGUAACUAUGAACAUGAGGAAUCACGGUGAUCGGGAAUCUCAGAUUUACCCACCCGCAAACCGCACGUGGCAAGACGGCAACGAACAACAUGCAAUGGAUCUUGUCUCAAUUAUUUCUGGAUCUGCACAAGACUUCAAGCUCGUGCUGGACUAUCUCCCCGCCUAUGUGCCCCAGUUUACCCGCUUCUACAACGUCAUGGCCGGCGUCUCUCUCGGCGCCCAUACCGCCUGGCGCAUUGCCUCGCUCGCCUCACCCGGCCAAAUCCAUGCCUAUUACGUGGUCAGCCGCGAUGAUCGCAAGGUAGCAGAUGAAUUCCCUACGGACGUGCCUCUGCUCCUCUGCAAUGGGGUGCAUGACAAAUUGGUUCCUGCCAAGCACACGGCGUCCUGGGUCGAAGAUCGGCGGCGGAGGAAUCAAGAGAGCGGAAUUGAACAGGAUAUCACUUUUUUCAUGCAAGAUAACACGGGCCAUAGCUGCACGAAGGAGAUGGUGGCAAUGAUGGCCGUCUGGUUACGGGAUAUUCUUCCUCCGAGCCCUCGCUCUCCCCGCUCGUCCUUAUAG